AUGUCUUUCGCAGCAUGCGCCAUGUCCCUCUCCCCUCGGUCCGCCAUCCACGAAGAUGAGCUUGACCGCUACGAUGCCUUCUUGUCAGCUCUGCAGGAUACCCACUUCAUGGACAUGUACCUCGAAAACAGCCAAGUUAAGAUCGACGUCUACGAGCAUCCAUCCAACGAUCUUGCACUUUCCGAAUCUUUUGCUCCAAGUGACACUGCAAACCAGUACUUUGCCCAGGAGAAUGAGCGCGCUCAAGAGGUUCUUCAGCCAGCCACCGACUCUAAUGAGACUGUUGACGACUCGGCUGUGGAGAAAAGGAGUUCGGCCUCCUGCCCACGCGGCGAGACUCUCUUAGCCAGGGAUGCAACCGCUUUCGACAAGCGAGCCUCUCGGUGCUACCAGUUCUGCGGAACGAUUGCCAAUUGUCGUGGAAACAAUGGAUGCCCUCACUGCUAUGCUGUUCGACAAGGAUGUUUGUGGCAGAAAUGGUGCCGCUAA